AUUUCGGCAUUGCAAAACUCUUAUGUAAUGAGGAUUCAAUGAUACAACCAUAACCAUGGCAACCGUUGGGUAUAUGGCACCAGAGUAUGGAACAGAAGGAAUCGUUUUCGACAAAGGAGAUGUGUACAGUUUUGGUAUUCUUCUGAUGGAAACCAUCACAAGAAAAAAGCCCACGGAUGAAAUGUUUUACAGGAGAAAGAAGCUUGAAGAGUUGGGUAAAAGAGUCGAUAUCAUCACCGCUAAUCAAGUUGUAGACGCCAAUUUGCUGAGCAUACUAUUUGGAGGGAACGUUCAGCUGCCGAUGAGUGUGCCUUAUCUAUUUUGCAAAUUGGCUUAGAAUGUUCAGUAGAAUUACCAGAUGAGAGGAUUGAUAUGAAAGAGAUUGUUACGAAGCUGAAGAAGAUCAAAGCUAAGUU